AUGGUGAAUCUUGUUGAUACCGAAGGCCAUGCCAUCCUCUCUGGACCGGACAAUUGGUACAAGAUCGCCAUUGCUGAUGGAACGGAACUCGGUCUAACCCCAUACAAGUGGACUCCGGGUUAUUCCAUUGAUCUUAAGCACGGCCAUAUCUCCGCUGUGUCUCCUAGCGAAGGGCUGAUAUCUCGCUAUCAGCGCUUUGCCAACGAUGACAGGCUAGGUCAGGGUUGGCCUAUUGGUGAUAAGGGCUAUCUUCGUUGCUUCGAGCCCAUGUAUGAGCAUGAUGGCCGUUCUCUCAACAUCAACCUCACUAAAAAUGUCUAUUCAAAUCUCUACGACAUUGUGGCUACAGAAUCUGCGCAAACUCCCAUUCACGCUGAACAAUUGGGUCACAAUCGGGUUGCUCUGUACAUUUACGAUAAGGAUGGCAAGAUUCGCGAGUUCAGACUGAACAGAAUCGGCGAUGCUCGUGAAGACGCCCAAAGGGUGAUACAGCAAAGCCGCAGUGAUUUUCUGGUUCCUUUUGAUUGUGAAUUUGUCAAAGUAAGCACAAAGGUGUCAAAUGGGCUCUUUAAGAUCCUCUCUUGA